AUGGACUCCGUCGUGAAUAACCUGUUUUCGUCAUGGGAUUCCAUGGUCUCUUCUCCAGGUGAGUCAAAAAGUAAGCCAGAAGGCCAUCAACAUAACCACCAUCAGCAUCCACAUGGUUGGCACAGGCGUGCAGGAUCCAAUGGUGCAUACCCUACAUCUUCGAAUAGUCCGACUAGCUCGAAAGCUGGUGAUACAAAACACAAGGCGUCCUCUUCGUUGUUGCCGGACUUCUUCGGCUCUAUGUACAAGGCCGAGGGCGCCGAGGCGGUGCCGAAUUCGUCGGUUUCGUCACAAUUGACUGAUAAGGUGGUUGAAAGAUUACUUUCCAUGGCAUUGCCACCUUCUUCAGGUUCAGUGGAUAUUUAUGAAGGUAUAAUGGAAAGAAUCGAAAUGCAGAAGGCAAGACCACCGUUUUCGGUGCCUCUGAUGAGCAAGAACUUUAUCCAGCUGAAUUCGAGACUUUCUGUGCCGUUUGAGCUAAUUGACGAAGUGAUUAAGGUAUUUUCAUGGUCUCAUCCAACGUACACCCUUUCCGUUUUGCUGAUAGUGUCACACCUCAUCCUCAGACCAAUUCUGCUUUUGAGCGUACCCGCAUUCUACAUCGCAUUCAACAUCAUGGUGCCUGCUUAUCUCAAGAGACAUCCUCCUGAGAAGAAUAAUGAUCUCAAAAAUAACCCGGUUCCAGCAUAUGGCCCCUCUCUGAUCGACAUAGAGACCCCCAAGCCUGUUCCAGAGCUUUCGAGAGAGUUUUACUUGAACAUCACCGAUUUGCAGAACCACAUGGUGCUCUAUGUGGUUGCAUACGACAUGCUAAAUUACCUCGUGGUAAACUACUGUUACUUCAAAGAUGAACCUAUUUCGUCGUUUCUGUUUCUGGUGUUGACUGGAGUGGGUAUCUUUACGAUGACGUUCGUAACCACUUUGGCGCCUUUUAUGACUGCAAUCAAGCUCGUUUCUCUGUGUCUGAUUUGGAGCACUUUUGUGGCUCUGCACACCUCAAAUCGCAACAGGCUACUGGCUUAUCUGUACAGUGAAGAGACCAGAAUCAAACUACUGACUAUAACCAAUAGUCUGGAGCAGAAGAUCUCUAAGGAGUUCAAGUACAAGGAGGAAAAGGAGGUAAGGGAAAUUGAGAUAUUCGAGUUGCAGACUUUGGAUCCGGAAAGCAAAAACUGGCAGCUGGUUUGUUAUUCGAAUGAACUGUACGCUCCAAAUUCUCCUACCCGAUUGAAUCGACUACCUCUUGAUGGUACACUUUCACUUAGGAACAUUAAACCGCCUCUGGAUUGGCGGUUCUUGCCUACAAGGGAUAUAGCUCAUUCAUCCUCAACAGAAAGGGUGACCGCAGGACUGAAGGAGAACGCCGUUGCCGUAGUUUCUCCCACAGCAUCAUCGUUUUCGGAAGCCUCCGUAACCAGCGACCCAAAAACCACGACUCAAUCACAACAGCAAACUGCACCGGUGUCCCUACAAACAAACGGAUGGACACUUGAUCUUACGCCGAAAGAAUGGGUAAGUGCAAACAACCUACUGGAACUAUUGGACAUUGAUGACGACGAGAAAUGGUGCUAUGACGUGGUGAUCCCAUACGCCCAGGGAUCCUCGGUUGGAAUCGGAAAGAAGCCAAACCCAGCUUUUCCCAGACGCCGCGGUGAUUUCAGGAGAAGAAGAUGGAUUCGCACUUGUGUGAGAUCCUUCUUUGUGGAGAAACACCCUGCUGAGCACGAUGAAUCGAAGAAGCAGGACUCCCCAGCUUUGCACGGUCUGGUGGGAUCGGACCCUGAAUCAGACGCUGAAAUCGACGACAUUGACAACUGCUAA